GCUGGUACCACUUCUCAAUCAGUAUUUAGGAAUUUUGAUGCGAUGUGGUCGCGGACCAACAACGUGAUAAAACUUUUUGGAAUAUUUUUAAGCUGCUGGGUUACGAAAUAUGCCGAGAGACAAAUAACUUAUUAAUAAUGAUGGAAUUUUCUGUUUGCACCCAAAAUAAGACACAUAGCUGUGAAUAAUCUUAAAGCGUCCACUACUGAAGUACGACAAGAAGUUCAGCCUCAUUUUAUAUUACCGGGUCUUUUGAUCGAAAGUUGGAGAGCAAAUAGUUAAAUUAGUGUGGGAUAUCUUAUUUUGACAAACAUAUAUUCUAAAACGUUGCUAAACUUGACUGUGUGAUAACAUAUCAGUGCGAGAAUAUGGAUAUUUUCUUCUUUUGAAAAGUGCUGCUGGAGGUAUGGUUACGUCGGCGCUGUAUUUGUACAGUAUCUAGUCUGCACAGUACAUGGAGUCAAUAGUAAGAUCCUCUUCAACUCAAGACUUUGGAAGUCAUCACGCGAUUUGUUUCCUAUCAACCCCUCUGAAAGUUACGCUUUUCGUAGACGUUUAUCAUAUAGAAAGCCCAGGGAAUGUCUCUUGAUUUUAUAGCAGGAUGGUUUGGAGGCGUUGCGGGAGUAUUGGUUGGUCACCCCCUGGACAGCGUAAAAGUCCUUCUCCAAUCCCAGGACCUCCGCAACCCGAAGUAUAAAGGGAGCAUCCACUGCUUCACGACUUUGCUGAAGACCGAUGGGGUGCGAGGCCUCUAUAGGGGUGUCACCAGCCCCCUUAUGGGUGUCGCAGGAGUGAACGCCAUCGUAUUUGGGGUAUACGGCACGUGCCUUCGUAACAUAUCAGAUCCGGACUCGCUCAAGUCGCAUGCGAUGGCAGGUGCAGCUGCAGGGUUGUUGCAGAGCUUUGUUUGUGGACCUGUGGAGCUGGUUAAGUCCAGAAUGCAGGUAGCUACUGAUGGUUGCCAGAGCACUUACCAAUGCUUCAAGAACAUAUACAAGAAGGAGGGCGUUAAAGGACUGAACAGAGGUAUCACGCUAACCAUACUUAGGGAGGUACCUUCGUUUGCAAGUUACUUCUUUGUAUAUGAAUACCUUACAAGAUCAGAAAACCCAGAACCUCCUUCUACACCUAGGAUGCUGUGUGCCGGAGGUGUCGCAGGUGUGUUCACGUGGCUGAUCUCCUACCCCGCGGAUGUCUUGAAAACCCGUAUGCAAGUCGACUCCCGCUACAAAUCAUCCUACGACUGCCUCAAAAAGUCCCUAAAGGCUGACGGCGUGGCGUGCCUCUUCCAAGGACUGACACCCACACUUAUCAGGGCCUUCCCUGUGAACGCUGUCACGUUUACUGUAGUUGCAUGGACCAUGCGACUGUUGGAAGGAGGCAUUCCAAUGCCGAAACAGUUCUUGGAGAAAUAUGCUAACGUUGUAGAGACUAUUCAUCUUGGAGAAUGUGAACCCUUGUGAUUAGAGAGAGACUGAAGUGUUUCUGAGUGGUUUACAGAGAUGUUGCUGGUAUAACUUCAAGCUGAAUGCAUCUGGGUUUAGAUUAUGGUCUCGAUCAUCUGGACAGACUCUUAGACUCAUUUCACUAGACUAUUUAUUUUCAUAGAGCAUCCUUAUUGAUGACAAUAAGAUUUAACGAAGAUUGAGAUGCAUGGUGACGUAGCUUCAUGGCCUGACAUCUCUGAUUACAUACAGAUGUGAUAGCUACAAGCUGUCGGUCUCUAUGAUGUUUGUAUCACCACCUAUUUAAUAUCUCACUUAAAUACUAAAUAAACUUAGCUUUGACAAUCUCUUGAGAGAAACGCCUCAAAUUACACCACACACGUUUUUUAAAGCAUGAACUGCCGUUUCGAAAUCAUUGAAUGUGAUUCAGUGACAGAGACGGAAAUCUCAACGCAACGUACCUAAUUUUUGACUGGCUGUCGUCUCUGGUAGUGCGCCAACUUGAGUUCUAUGCGUUUGCUAGGAUUUACUGUCAAUUGUAAUUGUGAAAUUUUGGGAUAUUCGAUUCACUUACUUCUACUGUUGUUGGUGGUUAUUAUAAUAAACAACGCUCUUCAAAUAUAAUCUUGCCUAAAUGCACGAGGACAAACGAUUUUCUUGCCUCCGUAGCUGACGUAUAACAUUCGUGACCUCAGGCUAAUGUAGCGUAACCACCCCUGGGAAGAAUUCCCCGGAAGCCCAUGGAAUUAGGCAGGGAAUGCGCCAAACAGUUGGGGACACGAAUAUCAAAGGGAGAGACAGUAACUGUCGAUUGUGUAUAAUCUGUCAUCGUACUUUGCGAUGACACAAAAUAGCCAAAUCGCAUUAGUAGUAGUUAUGAAUGUUGUGAGAUGAAUGGUUAUUAUGGAACCCAGUCAUUCUGGCUCAGAUAACACUUGUACGAUGUAUAAGGUACUCUUGAACUUUGAAUUAUCACUGUUCUUCGGUCUUUUUGUAUGAAAUACGCUGAAUGAGACGUAUGAAUAAAAAAUUGGGUUCAUACUAGCUAACACCUCACAAAGCUUAGUAUAUUCUGUACAUUCAGGAUCAUACACGGAUGCUAACAGAGUUUAUCAGGAUAAAUAAAUAUACAGUUAAGAAUAUUUAGGUACCUUAGGAGCUCAAUUUUUGCAGACACCUACAGAGGAUUAAUUACUGUUUCUUUCCUGUACAAUGAUGGAAAAUAUGGAUAUUUUUGUCUGAUUCUAGAGAUGUUUCAGAAGCUAAAGUUCAAUGAACCGAUAUUGAGCUAAAGGCAAUUCGAACGAAAAGGAAAAUCACUCAUGUAUUAUACUGUUCAGUUAGACCUCCAACGUACGCAGCAGAUUUUUUUUUAAAAAUAAGGUAAACUAGUUAACUUUGGUUUGCUUUUGGCGUCUUUGCUUUUGGAAAGGGUGGCAAGUGUCCACGUAUGGAUUUUUGUGUUGAUUGUAACGUUAAUAAUUAUUUAAGUUAUUGUAUGCCUUUAGAUUAAUAAUCUUUUUCAUUUAAUAAACGACUGUUACCGACUCCUACUGUAUACCUUAGACCAAAUUCCAAUGUUCUCAGUAGUAUAGAACUAGGUAAAUAGAAACAAGCCUAACAUCAUUAUUUCUAAGGCUUACGACUAAUACACCGCGACGUUCAACGGAAUGUUUGGAUAGUGCUUGUCAAACUUACAUAAGCAAGCAGAGUCCACUACAAUGAUAAUCCUCCCGGAAAUCUGGUUAGAAGAUAUUUUUUUCAGAUGAUUGAUGCUCACUACAUUUAUGUACGUUG